ACUAUUCUAGCAGUCUGUGUACUGAGCCGGGCGGGUGUGCAGAAGUUUCAUAACUGACUCAAUAUUACUAAAUUUAAAAUAAUAACAACAGAAAAUAUGUAAUUAAUGCACGUCUCUCUUAUAAUUUAUGUGACUCUAUCAAUAGCAUCAAGAAAUUUGCAUAGAAGAACAUUGAAUAACAAAGCAAUAUGUGUUGGGUCAAUUCUAACCUCUACAAACUGAAAGUGACAGAAUGGCAGGUUACGAGUUUACUAAUGAAAUGUAAAGUGGACUAAAUAUUCAUUCGAAGUAUUUCACGAAGAGCUCAGUGAAAUAUAUUUAAAACCAUAUAACUGCUUCAUUUACUAUAAUAAGUGGAAAAAGUGGACAAUACUUUCUUGCAGAUUGAAAUGUCAUGUGAAAAGUAAACAACUGGCCAUUAUAAAGAAAUUCUGUUGUUAAAAUGGGCAAAUUGAAAUAUCCAGGUCACAGAAGAAAAUCUAUUAAUCUUAUCAUGUUUUGAAGCAACAAUGGAAAAAAGAAACGGGAAUAGAACGAGACUUAGCGAUCACAAACACAUUUUAUAAAGUUGAGGACCAUGAUGUGAAAGUGGACAUCAGCCUGGUGCCGCCAUGAAGCGGUCCUAUCCUUUCCUCGUAUUCCUGGCCACGGUGAUGGCUACAGCAACAUCAGCGGCCGUUCCCAAACAAAUAGUCAAAACAUUUUCGGAUCCGAAAGUGCAAGCUUUUAAUCAUCUUGUUAUUGAUAAAAAUACUGGACGCGUGUACAUAGGAGCCGUGAACCGUCUUUACCAACUUUCCCCCGAUCUUGAUUCAGUUAUCACCGAAGUAACAGGUCCUAAAUUGGAUUCAGAUGAUUGCUCAGUCUUAGAAUGUAACAAUGCGAUCAACAAAAAACUCACAGACAACGUUAACAAAGCUUUGGUGAUUGAUUACACCACAUCUAGAUUAAUAUCUUGUGGAAGUCUUUCUCAAGGUAUUUGCUCCGUUAGGCCUCUACAAAACAUAUCUGAAAGUAGCAUAGAAGUAAGAGAAGCUGUUGUGGCAAACAAUGCAACUGCUUCUACUGUGGCAUUUAUUGCCCCAGGUCCUCCAAAUCCUCCAGUAUCACAAGUAAUGUAUGUUGGAGUGACUUUUACCUUAGGAUCGCCGUAUCGGUCCGAAGUGCCAGCGGUGAGCAGUCGAUCCUUAGAUAAAGACAAAAUGUUUUCAAUAGCUCAAACGGCCGUAACGACGGGUACUAGAAUGUUCGUUAAUUCUUUAGCUAGGGAACGAUAUCCAAUUACGUAUGUAUAUGGCUUCUCCUCCGAAGGGUUUAGUUAUUUCUUGACAACGCAAAUGAAACAUACUACUUCAAGCCAAUACAUCAGUAAAUUAGUGAGAGUGUGCCACGAUGAUGAAAAUUACUAUUCUUAUACAGAAAUACCCAUGGACUGCAUUAGUGAAGCACAAGGGGGUAGAAAAUAUAAUCUAGUACAGGCUGCAUAUGUUGGUAAAGCGGGUUCCGAUCUAGCCUCAGAUUUGGGUAUAACAGCACAAGAUGAUGUAUUGUUUGCGGUGUUUAGUGAAAGUGAUCCAGUGAUUGCCAAUAAACCUUCUGAUCUUUCGGCACUCUGCGUUUAUUCACUAAAGUCGAUUCGACGAAAAUUCAUGCAAAAUAUCAAGACGUGUUUCAGUGGAAAAGGACAACGAGGCCUUGAUUUCAUAUCUCCAAGUCAUCAAUGUGUACUAACGAAACUACAAACAAUCGGUGAAGAUUUCUGCGGUCUGGACGUCAACACACCUUUAGGUGGAGAACAUGCUUUGUCAGCUAUGCCAGUUCUUAUUUUCAACACUCGUUUAACAGCUGUAGUUGCUACCUCUACUGGAGAUUUCACCGUUGUUUUCAUUGGUACAUCUACAGGUCACUUGAAAAAAGUUGUCGUAGAGUUGUCAAACUCCGCUUUGGAAUAUGGAGAUUUGACUGUCGAAGAAGGGUCUCCCGUAAAUCCGGAUUUGCACUUUGAUUCACAGUCUAUGCAUCUAUAUGCGAUGACAGAGAAAAAGGUAUCGAAAGUCAAAGUGCAAGAAUGUACCGUUUAUAGAAAUUGUUUAGAAUGUCUAGGAGUGAAAGAUCCCUAUUGCGGUUGGUGUUCCCUAGAAAAUAAAUGUAGUCUACGAUCUGAUUGUCAAGAUGCUGCCAAAGAUCCUCUAUAUUGGAUAAGUUACAAGAGUGGAAGAUGUACAACUAUAACAUCAGUAAUACCCAAUCAAUUACAAAGAACAACUGCAAGAACGUUGGAUUUGGUCAUUGACAAUUUACCAACACUAGAAGGACACUUCUUGUGUGCCUUUACAGCUCUCGAUAAAACAUUGAUAACAAAUGCUACAAGAAAAGGAUCAGGAGUGAACUGUACAACACCAAGAACUGAUGCUUUACCUUCAAUUCCUCCCGGACAACAUCAUUUUACUGCCAAACUGUCUGUUAGAAUGACUUCGGGUCCUGAUUUUGUAGCUACAAAUUUCACUUUUUUCGACUGCAAUACUUAUAGUUCUUGUACUCAGUGUGUUUCAUCCUCGUUUCCCUGUGAUUGGUGCGUUGAUGGCCACAGAUGUACACACGAUACUGCCGAAAAUUGCCGAAAUGAUAUUCUAGUUACUGGCAUCAGUAGGGCAGGGCCGAGCUACAGAUCGGGUCCGGCGUUUUGCCCAACGAUAAAUGCCACAGUGGGAAAUUCUCCGGAAAUCCUUGUUGCUUCUGGCAUAAAGAAGGCCAUUAAAGUGAAGGUUCACAUAAUUGGACAAUUUAUUGUUCAAACCAGAUUUGUUUGUCAAUUUAAUAUUGAAGGACGAGUGACCAGCGUAAAUGCUCAAUUACUUGGUGAUACUAUUUACUGCGACCCAAUGGAAUUUGCAUAUACCUCUCGAGCACCAAAUAUAACCGCUACAUUUGCUGUUAUUUGGGGAGGAUCCAAGCCUCUUGAUAAUCCUGAUAAUAUUCAUAUUGUGAUAUAUCGCUGUCGUGAUAUGGCAGACAACUGUGGAAUAUGUUUGGCACUAGCUGAAAAAUAUGAUUGUGGUUGGUGCCAAAGUUCUGAUCGAUGUGAGGUAAAGGACCAAUGCGAAAAAGGAUCUGCUGUUUGGUUGAAUAGAAGUCAAACAUGUCCAAAUCCAGAAGUAACAUCUUUUAGUCCAGAAUUGGGACCUUGGGAAGGAGGAACUAAUAUUACUAUUCAAGGUAUUAACCUUGGUAAAAACUUCCAGGAUAUCUAUUCUGGUAUUAGCAUUGCUGGAAUUAAUUGUCAACCAUAUGAACAUCUUUAUAUCAAAACUAAACAGAUUGUAUGUCAGGUUGAUGGGCCUGGUACUAAGGAACUGCGUCAAGGUCCUGUUACCGUUAAAGUUGAAGAUUACCGUGGCGAAUCUAAAAUGCAUUAUAGAUUUGUAAAUCCCAAUAUUACUGGCAUUUCCCCUAAGUGUGGACCAAAAUCUGGAGGAACAAUGUUACAAAUUACAGGGGAAUAUAUGAAUGCUGGUAGUAAUAUUCAAGCGUUCUUAGAUGAUCUUCCAUGUAGAAUUCUUUCCACUGAUCAAAAUCAAGCUUUAUGUAUAACCAGUGCGUCCGAAACUACUACCAAGAGAAAGCUGAGAAUGAAGUUUGAUAAGGGCGAUCGAUUUUUAGAUAGUAUGAUGUUUGAAUAUGUAGAUGAUCCUGUAAUCGAAUCUGCAGAAUCUGGUGUAGCUAGUCAAAUAAAAGUACCCAAAGGCAUACCAGCAGGCGGAAUAAAGAUCUCAGUUACUGGUAGAAACUUGGCUUUUAUACAAAAACCACAGAUGUAUGUUUUUUAUGAACAAAAAAUGUUUAUCAGUGAAUGUACUGUUUUAAGCAAUACAAGUAUGGUUUGCCUUAGUCCAGUUAUUGAUGCUGCUGAAGAUGUUAAAUUAGAUGCUGACAACCCUUUGAAAUUAGAAUAUGGAUUUCGUAUGGAUAAUGUAACUGGCGUUCAAAAUUUAACACUGAACAAAGAAUUUAAUCGAUUUCUUUUGUAUCCCAAUCCAAUAUUUAUACCAUUCGAAAAAGAAGUUAAAUACUACAAGUCUGAUUACCUCAAUAUUAAUGGUCAAAACAUUGAUCGUGCUUGCCAAGAAUCUGAUGUGCAAGUACUAAUAGGAAGAAGUACUUGUAAUGUAACAUCUUUAUCACGUCAACAGCUAACAUGUCGGCCUCCCGAAACUCAACCUCCUGCUAUUAACGAGCAAGAUGUACCAAAUGGCGAAGCAUUACCAGAAGUAGUUGUUAUAGUUGGGGGAUCUCUACAUUAUAACAUUGGAGUUCUUUCAUAUUCAUCACCUCAAGGAAUAAAUGGUUCAAUCACAAAACCCACACUUAUUGCAAUAAUAUGUGUAGCUGUUGCCAUCGUCAUCGUGUUUAUUAUCUUUUUGAUCGCCUACCGUAGAAAGUCCACUGAAAGUAAUCGAGUACUGAAGAAUAUGCAAGAACAAAUGGAUAUUCUGGAACUUAGAGUAGCAGCAGAAUGUAAAGAAGCAUUUGCAGAACUACAAACUGAAAUGACUGAUCUCACAGGAGAUUUGACUUCUGGUGGUAUACCCUUCCUUGAUUACAGAACUUAUGCCAUGAAAAUUUUGUUUCCCAAUGUUGAUGAUCAUAUCGUUCUCCAGUGGGAACGUCCAGAAUUAUUAUGCAAAGAUAAAGGUCUAAGGCUCUUUGGGCAACUCAUUAUGAAUAAAACUUUCUUAUUACUAUUCAUAAGGACUUUGGAAAGUAAUAGAUAUUUCUCUAUGCGAGAUAGAGUAAAUGUAGCCAGCUUAAUAAUGGUUACUUUACAAAGCAAAAUGGAAUAUUGUACAGACAUCCUCAAAACUCUUCUGGCUGAACUGAUAGAGAAGUGUAUGGAAGGAAAGAGUCAUCCCAAAUUACUGCUGCGCAGAACUGAAAGUGUUGCUGAAAAAAUGCUUAGUGCUUGGUUUACCUUUCUUCUUUAUAAGUUUUUGAGAGAAUGUGCAGGGGAGCCUUUAUUCAUGCUGUUUAGAGCGGUUAAGCAACAAGUUGACAAAGGACCAGUUGAUGCCAUUACUUCGGAAGCUCGUUAUUCGCUCAGCGAGGAGAAACUAAUAAGACAAUCAAUAGAUUUUAAGCCAAUGACCGUUUAUGUCUCCAUAUCACAACAGACUGUUUUUGUUGGAGGCAUGGAUCAUAAUACAGAUAAUGUUCCUGUAAAAGUUUUAGACUGUGAUACUAUUAGUCAGGUCAAAGAAAAAUCACUGGACACUAUUUACAGAGCCACACCUUAUUCGCUACGACCAAGAAAAGAUGACUUAGAUCUAGAAUGGAGAACAGGUACCUCAGGCAGACUGAUUUUAUAUGACGAAGAUAGUACUACUAAAAUAGAAGGAGACUGGAAAAGAAGAAAUACUUUGCAGCAUUACAGAGUACCUGAUGGUGGAUGUCUAAACUUAGUAUCCAAGCAAAGUUCCAUUUAUAAUUUAAGUAUUUUCUCUGAGAAAAACGAUAAGUCUCACAAAUAUGAAACUCUAAAUCUCAGUAAAUUUAGUUCAGUAAGCCCUCCACUAAGUCGAGCAACUAGUCCAUUAAACCAUGACCACGAUCAAGGACUAAAGGUGUGGCAUCUUGUCAAACAUCAUGAUAAUGAUAAUCAAAAAGAAGGAGAAAGAGGAAACAAAAUGGUUUCGGAAAUAUAUUUAACCAGACUUCUCGCAACAAAAGGUACACUACAAAAAUUCGUAGACGAUCUAUUUGAGACAAUCUUCAGUACAGCGCAUAGAGGAUCUGCAUUACCUUUGGCGAUAAAGUACAUGUUUGAUUUUCUGGAUGAUCAAGCUUUACAACAUGGAAUAUCAGAUCCUGAAGUAGUACAUACAUGGAAGAGUAACUCUCUUCCAUUAAGGUUUUGGGUGAAUCUCAUAAAAAAUCCCAAUUUUGUAUUUGACAUACAUAAGUCUAAUAUAGUAGAUUCUUGUUUAUCUGUGGUUGCUCAAACAUUUAUGGAUUCAUGUUCAACGUCGGACCAUAGAUUAGGAAAAGAUUCGCCCAGUUCUAAACUUCUGUAUGCAAAAGAUAUUCCAUGUUACAAAGAAUGGGUAGAAAGAUAUUAUUCUGAUAUUAAGACGAUGCCAGCCAUAUCUGAUCAAGAUAUGAAUGCCAUGUUAGCAGAGGAUUCAAGGCUUCACACUACAGAAUUUAAUACAAAUUGUGCUCUGCAUGAACUCUACACAUAUGCUAUGAAAUACAACGAGCAAUUAACAGUUACCUUGGAGGAGGACGAAUUCUCCCAGAAACAACGACUGGCCUACAAAUUAGAGCAAGUUCACAACAUAAUGGCAGAAUCGGGGCAGCCGUGAUACUGGCCUGACCUGACGUGCCCCCCCACUGCUCCUCCUUUGUCCCCUAUAUUCCCUUCGGCACCUCAGGAACUGGCUUGCUGAUAAAAGUUUCAUGCCAAAUAUACAUAUCCAUUAUCAAAACAAUUUUUAUGUGUUAUGGAUUGCUGUUGUGCAAUUAUUGUUCAGUGUAUUGUGGAGCAGUGCUCACUCAGUGACUUCAAAGUGCCUCUGGUAGAUUGAGUGUGGUGCUAGCUCCAAAAAUGUGUACUAUAUUUUUAUGAUAACACUAGAAUAAUGCUUUACUGUGCUGAAGAUCAGCGUCUUAGUCUAGGCCCGUUUUCAAGAAAGCUUAGGCUGACACAGUUUCAUGUACAGUACUUUUAAUACACUUUAUUUCUAUAUUAAGGGUAAAAUGUACCUUAUUGUAUAAAUUGUGUAAACAGAAGAUAGAAUUUUUCAGAUCAUCGCACAAUACAGGGAAAAUUUGAUGAAUUUUGCAAAUUAUGAAUACCGCGAAAUAAGUAAAAGACAUGGUGACGCAACUUUUGCUGUUAUUUUGUUUUUUUUAACAUACAAAUUUGAGAUUAUCGAUAUUUAUGUAUUUUUACGAAAUUAAUUUAUAAUUGUAUAUCUUAUAUUAGACAAUGCAUUUUAUGCUCACAUUAUAUUUGCAGGCAUAAUAACUACGGCUGGCAGCUUUUUAAUUUUCUAUUAUUACGUUUUCUGAAAGAUUCAAAAUGUUUCUUUAAGAAAGGUGUGAAAAGAAAAUAAAAUAAUAUCAAAACACUGUAUUCCCUGCUUUUGCAGAGCAAGCUUCCUUGAAAACUUCCACAUCGAAAAUCUAUCCUCAAAUAUCUUAUGUUAAAUACAUCAUAUAUUCAAUAGAAAAGAGAAGUCUUCAUGAGUACUUGAUAAUUUCUAUUUUUUAUUUUUAGAAACAAAUUAAAUCAUUUAGUGAUUGGCGAUAUAACAAGAUAAGGUCAAAGCUUAGUUAAGAAAGAGUCAUAUUACAGAUUGUCGAAAAAAGUAUAAAUGCUGAUUCCAUAUCAGUUCCAUAACAAUUACCCUCAUAAUCGAAGUUUCAAUUAAUAUAAAAUAAUGUACUUUUUCUUUUUUUAUAAUUUUUUUUCAAGUGAAUAAAAGAAUGUAAUGAAAAGUGUAAACAAUAAUUGUUCAGUCAGCGACCAAUAUUGUCAAAAAACGAACAAAAUAAUUUUACAUUUUAUUUGGUAUCAAGUAUUGUUUUGUAUCGAGUAGGCUUUUCAUUUUUUCCUCUUAAAACAUCUCAAUAAACUAUUUUUUAAUUAUUUAUUCAUGGGCCUAAUACUCAGUAAAUUGGCUGGUUCUCCAUACCACAUCUAUAAAGCAGAUUUUUGCGGUAUAGGCCUUUCAACCAGUUUUAGUGAUUCAUAAACUUGAAUAUAAGGAACAGAAUGUCUUAGAUUUAAAUGUGAAUAUCUAUAAUUCCUAUUAUUUUGCUUAACAAUGUUCACUUGAUCUCCUAAGUUUGUCAUAUAUACAUUCCAUUUCCCUAAUUCAUCUAAUUGAUUGACAAGUUUUAGUGAUUUGCAAACAUGUGGAAAUAGGCAAAAAUUUAUCUAACUUGAGAAGUAGAAAACAGUAAUAUCCUGCAUUAUCUCUGGAAAUCAAAUUUCUAAAAUUAAAUUAUUAAAAAUUAUAGUAUAAUUAUUUGGAAUUUCACUAUUUCAUUGUUAUCGAGAAAAUUCAAUGAUAAAAAUUGUAAUAGUAGUCAGGUAUUUGAGAAACAUGUUAUUGUUUUUUAGAAUUGGGCUUUUAAAUUUAACACCAAUCCAAUUGCAAUGAAUAGAAAGUAUAUUUAUAUUAUUGGAAUACAUUUGAACUACUUUUGUCAAAUUUUACUUUCCUUUCGAAAACCAUUAUUUUGCACGUUGUAGUACGGGAUAUUUAAUUCAGCAAAUUUUUAAGAUUGUAAUUAUAUUGAUUGAUGAUUGCAAAUUAUGGCUUUGAUUAGAUCGAUACGUAAAGGCAGAAUUACUAUUUCUCAUGCAUGCUUUAUUGAUUGCUGUAACCAGAAUGAUAUUUUUUAUAAUAUAUACCAAAAAAAUUUGUUGUCAACGAAAAAAUAGUAAAAGAACGUAAAACGAUUGUCAAAUGAAGUCUGAAUUAAACUUUAGAUACGGGAAGUCUGAUUAAAUACAAUAAAUUAUAAAAUUUUAUAUUUGAAUAUUCGAUAAAUUUUAUACUGUCAUUUAAUAACAUAGUUUAUAUAAAUAUUUCUUUCCAUUUAUAAUCAUUUUUAAUAUCAUUAUUGACAUUGGAAUAAAUUAGGGAAUGGUUAUUUGUAAUAUUUCAUCAGAGUGAUAUUUGGAUAUAAGUUGAAUACUAAAUGUUGCUCACUUGAACAUCAUUUUGUAUUUUGCAUAUGCAUUUAUCACAUAAAAAAUUUUUAAUUGAUGUAUAGAACAAAUAAAUUCUAAAAUUUAUCUGGAAACUAUGUUUUCUUAUUUUGAUUGAUUAAUUUUUAAUCCUGAUUUCUUUGAGUAACAACUACAAACACAAAUACUAUAUUGGAUAAGUGGAUCAGUUGGGUCUGAAGGCUGAGUUGGAAACAUUACAACUAAAUUUAUACAAAAUACAUUUUAGUUUAUCAAUCUGUGGAUAAUGAAGAUUCUAGUUAGUAUCCAAUACAUUAGUUUUGAAAUUGUAUUAAAUGACAGUAUGACGUAGAUUGUUUUAAUGCAUUUUACAGGGUUUAUGUUUUAUACUAGUUUAUUGUUUUUAUUUACAAGGAAGACCAUAAAAGUAUUACAUAACACCUGUAAGGCAUCAAAGGUGUUGAAUUUAUUUAAUUGAGCAAGGAAAUCGUAACAUAAUUAAUUGUUUAGUAAUACAUAUUUUGUAAAAAGUUGCUGAGUGCAGUUCUAACACAUUGAUGUAAAUAUAUGUAUGUCUAAAAAUUUAGUUAUAAUUUUUCUAUUUCCCACUUAAUUUUCAGAUUUCAAAAUAUUUUUGUUUAUUAUGCAGUACCAUGUUUUUUAUGUGAGAUUACAAUAAUGUGAUGAUGAUUACAUUUUAAUAACUUUGAAAAAAAAUUUUGUUCUUUGGACCAAAUUUGUAUAGGACUUUAUUAUUUUAUCCAUCUCCUGUGGAUCCGGAACGUCAGUUUGGGAUAUUAGACUUCUAUGGGAGGAUGAAGAUUACCUCCACAACAUUGCCACAUAAAAGUAUCAUCAUAUCAGAGUUACAUAAUUGUUGGUUUUAUAAGAUGUCCAAUUUUUAGAUACAUCACUUCCUUAGGCAGACGAUCAAACUGUCAGAAUAACUAAGGGCAUUGAUUACUGCGUUUCAUUAUGACAUUUCACAAAAACAUCUACUUCUUUCUUAUUUAGUAUUAUGAUCAUAGUUUUUUUGUCUUGUAUUCUGAGCUAUAAAAGUACCAUUUCUUUAGACUAAAAAGAUUUUUUCGUACACAUAACCUUAAGGUAUGUUUGAAUACAAUUAAUUUCUUUAGAUAUCUUUUGAUCUGCAAACUUUUAUAUGAAAUUAGAAAAUAUCGAAAUAAUUUUUUAACAGUGUCAGCAGCCCCUAUAAAAAAUUAUAAAAAUCUAGUAUUGGGAUGAUAUUAUUAGACAAGAUAAUUGUGUAUCGAAACUAACGAGUCAACACAGGUAAUUGGCAUGGAAAUGACAGUUUCUAUCACAAUAAGCACAAUAAAUCAAAUCGACAAAUUUAUGUUUAGUACUUUAUGAUUUGCAAUUUUUUAGAAUGUUGAUUAACAAUAAUUGUUCGAAAAACUGGAAAUAUGUCCGAUGAAGAAUGCAAUGGCAAUUGGAACACUUUUUGAAGAUAUUAACAUCUAUCCGUUGGACAAGUUAUGUCUGAGAAGACUGAAGGAUAUGAUUAAUUUUGUAAAUAAUAACAAUAUAUUUUUAUCAUUUAAUGGUCAUUUACAUGUAUUUGCUACAUAUGUUGAACUAUAGUAACAUACCAAUUUCAAUCUUUAAUAUUGAUACCAAUAAAAUUUGUAUCACAAAAUGUGAUAGGUAGUUUUAUAUAAAUUUUUUAUAUUAUUAUAAAUUUGCUAGUAGGUAAAACAAUAUGUAGUUCCUUCGGUUUACCAUAUGUAGCAUUCAAAUAUCUUGAUAUUAUAUGCUUAUUAUUUUUUAUCUUGGAAUUAAAGUUAAAAUUUAGAGAAAAGAUUUAUGUUUUUUUAACAGACAAUUUGACUAAAUAAAUUUCAAUUGACUUGAAAAGCCCUUCCAUUACAUAAAAUUUUUGACAGUUUGAAUUUUUGAUAGUUCAUAAAGUGAUUAAUAGAUUCCACAGAAAAUUAUAUAUAGGAAAGAAUGUCUUGGAUUUAAAUGUGAAUAUUUACAAUUCCUGUUAUUUGACUUAACAAUGUAAUUUGAUCUUCUUAUAUCGUCAUAUAUAAUACAUUCCAUUUUUUUAUCUCAUUAGUGUUAACCUUGAAAUGUUUAUUUCCACUCAUAAACUGAUAUUUUACUUGUAUAUAUUAAAAUAAUAUCAUUUGUGGAAACACUUACUAUCCGCUGGUUUUGUUGAAUCUUCUUGGAAAAAUCUACUAAUUUUGUUGUUAAAAAACUAUGAUGGAUUUUCAAAUCAAUCAUAAACGAUGUGAACCUGUUAAAAAACGAUUAAACUAACGCAGUCAUGUUCAUUUGGGUAAUUACAAAUACUAAAGAAUCUAAAUGGCAAAGGGACAUUAGAAAAAAUUUCAUUAAAAUCACUGCCUAUCUGUGGACUCAAUGAAAAUUACCUGCUUAGCUUGAGUAAUGAGUGUUUAUAUAGAAAUUAUUUUAUUUUCAUUUUUCUUCUGUUUAUAACAAUUUCAACUAAAUAAAUUUUAGUUUUAAAAUCACUGUACUUAAUAAGCCUUCGCUUGACAAAUAUUGGUCCUAGACUAUUAGUCCAUAUUGUCGAUAUAUGCUUUUUUGAAAUUUGUAAUAUGAUCGUACCUUUAUACAUUUAAUAUUUUUAUAUUUAGUUGAAUACAAUCAUAAAGAUUGUCUUCCGUAAUGAAGGAAGCGCCAGGGUGUAGUAUUUAAUUGCGACCUUUCAAUCAUUGGAUGUUUCAAUCUAUACAUUACAUACUAUGCACAAGGUCGUAUCAAUGUUGUUAGUGUAUGUGUAAUAAGGCUGUGUAAAUUUUCUUAUUUGUAACAAAAAAAUAUUUUCAGUUGUCAUAUCUCACAUUUUUCAUCUAAUUUGUAUAGGAUGAAUCAUGAAAAAUUUUAUAUAAAUAUGUGAUUGUACAUAAUGGUGCGUAUUUCUUUUAUUAAAACUCGUUUGCUGAAAAUACCUCAAUCUUAGAAUAAGUAGUCAAUGGUUACAUCAACAUAUAAAUUAGAUAAAGUAGAGCCUACAAGUGCGAAAAAUAACUUCUCGUAUUUUAGGAAUCAGUUGCUUUAAAUAUAAAUUUAGUUAUACAUAAAUAUUUUAUUUAAAGGUGAUUUCCAAUUUAUUCUAACACUAUAAAACUAAUUUAUUACUUGCAUUAUAUAUUACAUAUAUGUGUUAUUAAAACAAGAUUCCAGGGAUUGACCUAAGACGGGCAGCUUACGAUAGUUAAACUAUUGUUUUUUAGGGAUAUUCGAAGAAGUUCUAAGCAAACUGAUGUAGUAAAAUGGAGGAAGUCCUAAGAUACCCAUGAGGAUUGAAGAGUUGAAAUAGGGACUAAUGGGCCUAAAAUUAUUCUUAUGAAAAUAUUUUUCUGUUUUUAACUUAUGAUAUAUAGAAAGGUAUCAUAAUGUACAGCAGGAAUGAUCUCAGAUAAAAAUUAAGAUCCUGAAUUACUUGUAAUUAGCACAUAAUAAAUACAUGCACCAAUAAAUAGAAAACUAAGUAUAUGUAAAUAUGUUGUACAUUAUUAAUCAAUUUGAAAGCUUUAUUAAGUUUCAAUAUAACAUACAUAAUACACAUCAUAAAAUAAAUCAAAAUAUUUGUCUCAAUGAACAAUCUCAAUUUCGAAUUUUGGCCAUUAAUAAUACUUAACAACCAACUUAAUAUAAGAGCGAUGGAUUUUAAUAGUAAAAUUAAAACACUAUAUUUUAUAUAGAUUGUAGCUAUCAAUUUAAAUUUCUGCUACUUUUGUAAAGUUUCAUAAUUAUUAUGUAUUUAUAAUAAUUUUAUAAUUGUAAUUGUUAUAUUCUUUAACAUUGGACGUUCCAUUUUUGUUACACUACUAUGCACGUGCAGCCUCACAGACCGCUAUCUUUACGAGCUAGUUUCUAUUUUGAUGAGUGAGUAUUGUAUAAUUUUUUGUUUUUAUCCCUCAGAAUAGUUACUACAUGUAAAUAAAAGGUGUGAUUUUAACGCGAAAUGUAUUUGUUUCAACUAACGAUUUAACAAUCAAGGGUACUUUUCAGACUUUUUAGCUUGAGAUCACUUUAUAGUUAUAUUACCACAAGAAAAUGACUUUUUUAGUUAGUUUAACUUCUUAACAAUAAAAUAUAAAUAACAAGGAACAUAAAAAACUUGAUAUAAUCUUCUCACAACCAAACAUAAAAAUUUCGACAACUUGGUCAUAUUUAUUGGCAGUUUUGCAAUGCGGCUUAGAGCGUUGUAGGCAUAUUGACUGUUUGACACAAGUCCAGAACUCUGCGGAAAAUUGAACUUUUUUUUGUCCGUUUAAUCUACCCCUGUUUGGUGGAAUUAUAGAAUAAUAUUAUCUUGGAUUUCUUUGUAUGUUCAUCAAUAAUAUUUAUCAUGAUGCAUAGAUGAUAUCAGGGACACAGCUUUAUUCUUCUUUGGCACACGAAAACUCAUAGUUUUGUCGUUUGUAAAAUCGAAUAAAGUUGAACCAAUCUCUCAGGACUUUUGUGCCUAAAUUAAAUUUGGUAUUUCCCUUUUAUUAUUUUCCAGUCCUUACAUACGUUACGUUUAGACAAUUCAUUUACAAGUUCAAUAGAUGAGAACCAGUUGUCUGCUGUCACGUUACCAUUGCUUCAUUGUAACAGCUGUGUCAAGCGUAGCACGCAUUGAGUGGGAGCAAUACAUUUUUCCAUGUCAGCUGAUAGUCCCCUGCCAUCGUUACUUUUCCCUGAAUUUAAAUAACCAUUAUAAAAGUUUUUGUUUUUGAGAAUUAGCGAUAAAUUUAUCAAAUAUUCCAGAAAUGGCGGACAGUUUACCAGUCUUUAUUCUCUCGUUGCGAUCUGCUGGGUUGUCAAAACUUAGACUGUUCAGAAGAACUAAAAAUCUGGUUUCUGGCAUACAACACCUAAAUAUUUCACAAACUGUUCUAAUCCAGCCAUUUUGAAGUUAGUCCAUAUCGAAAUUCAAAAUUCAAAAUGUUCAACACUAUAUUAUGUAGUGGAGAUCAAACUCUUUCGGAAAGUGGAUCUGUAUCCCAUUAACGAACCAAGAAAUAUCAAAAAAACAUACAUCCAACUAAAGAUUGGAACAUUCUUGAAAAGAAAACAAAUGAACUCAAAAUUUUUAGAAAUGGUUCACAUACUAGAAACGAGAAUGUUAAGAAUAAAAAAGACCUAAAUAAUUAUAUAAGUAAAAUUUAUUUUUCCAUUUUAUAAAUUUUAAUGCAAUUACGAUGCUGGCUGCUGGUCAAUUUUUAUGUAUUAUUCUAAACUGAUUUUAAUAAAAAGAACCUAAAAUCAAAAUAAAUGAUCAGGAAAAAGAAUAUUUACAUUUAAAAUCCAUCCUUGUUACUUGGACAACCUAAUCAUCCCCGAAUUCAUCUAUGAAAAAUUAUUUCCAAGAGAAAUCUCUCAGUUGAAAAUAAAUAUAUGGUAUGUAAGUGUUGACCACCAUCACGUUUUCUAAGAGAGGUCAAGUAUCUUUGGAGAUAUGUAGUCAGAGAGUUUCUUUUAACGGUCCAAACGGUCCAAAUUUCUUUUUAUAAAAAUGUAUAUCUAUUUAGACUAAAAGGUUUUAAGUCAGAUGGAUUCAUUAAUUACUAUAUAAAUUAUACUCGUAAAUUUGUUUUUUAUUCCGAUCGUGAUAAGUUUUUUGCGAUUUAUUAUGUUGAUAACUUAUCAUUUCAGUAUUUAAUAAUAUUUAUGGCUAAAUUUCUAUUCUCAAUAUAAUCCAAAUUAUUCAUCAAAUUUCAUUUUUGAGUAUAUAAAGUUUUUGCUGAUUCAUCCUGUAUACGCCCAUCUUCAGGCUGGAAGAAAUACAAUUUGUAAUUGGACUUAAGUUCUCCAAGACCAAGCAAAAUGUUUAAAAUAAUUGUAAAUCCAAUGUACUUCAAUAUGCAAACCUAGUAGGAGCGUCUGUUAGGAAUGCAUGAACUGAACUGUUCUCGUGGACAAAUCGCAAAAAAAUAAAAAACUAAAAUGGAUGUAGUUAACUUUUAAGGGUAAGUAACUUUUAAAGGUUCAGAGUUACGAAUAGUUAAAAUAUUAUCAAUGUAACGUUGUAACUACAUCCGCUUAGGGCAUCUAUACGAUGAUAUUAUAAAGUUGGUGUCAUUAUAUGUGCUUUUAAUCGAUUAAUAUCUACAUUUUUAAUCUAAGGGCGUUGUCAACUUACGUGAGCUUCACUAGUUCAAAGCAAAAAACGACAAAAUGUAUACUGACAACUUUUUAAAUAUAUGUGUAGUAAGAGUAAAAUUAUUUUUGUCAGUUUUCACAGUACACUAUUGCUCUCAUGACAAAUUAUUUUUAAUUGAAUUUAGUUAGAUGGAUGUGAUGUAACCUGGGUGACAACAAAAACUAAAUGGCAGAAUAUUUAUGGAAAUAUAUUUAUAAAAAUUUAUAAGAAUAUUUAUCAAAAUAUUCAGAAAUAACUACAGAUAUUAUAGAUAGUAUGUAAUCUAUAUAAAAAAAGUUAAUUUCUCGUCUACUUUUGUCUGACGAAUUGGCGUUUAAUAUACAAGAUAACAUUAACCAAAAACUUCAAGUAUAUGUACAUAUCAUCUUAGACAGACCUAGAAUUGUUAAAAGUACACUAACUUAAAUUUACUUGAUUUGCCAAUUGCUAAAUAAUGAUUAGAUGUAUGUUUCUAAUACACCGUGAUUGUAAACUUCCAUCGCCUAUAUAUUGACGUCACCUUGGUACCUAUAAUAUGUUGAAAAUUGAUAUUUCUGCAAUUUUUCACAUCUUGGGCGUGAAAAUGUAUUCAAGUAUUUUUUGUUGAAAACCGUAUUAAAAAAAUAUUUAAGUGUAUUAUAACACUACUAUUUUUAAUUUAAGGUAAAUUGGCGAUGUCUGUGAUUUGAGUGUGGAAGUCAGACAAUGUCGUACCGACUAUCAGAAAUUGGAGAAACAGCUGUACGCAGUAUCGACAUUUUAACAAUUUUACCGUUUAUUUAUUUUUAAAAUUGGUUAAUAAUACUCUAUUUUUUUAAUACUGUUUGCUUGGUUUAGGAAACGAAUGUCUGCGUACAUCUUUUUCCCACUUUCAACCUUUCAUUCCGUACCUAUUUUUUUUUUUUUCGUUAAAACAAACAAUUAUUAUUUUCAGUCUGCUAAUUAUUGAAAUUAAGUAAAAAUUGUUGCUUUGUAAUUGUCUAUAAUUGGCAUAUGUAUAAAGAAAAAGUAAGUAAUAACGAAAACAACUGACUUCUUGGUGAAUCAGUGUAUAACUUGAUGUUGUACAAAUAAUGUUUUGAGUGUGACUUUCUAAGAAGUUAUUUGUCCUUAAACACCAGCAUCACACAUGGUUGAUGUUUUUUAUAUUUUGUGCGAUUUUCUUAAAAUAAACGUGUUUUU